CUCAAAGAUUUAUUUUCUUCCUAAUCUUGCUGGUGAAAAAGAAGUUACUAGAAAGAAAGGAAGAAAAAAAAAACCUGAUUUGGUGACUGCAAGAAGCAACACGUUGCUGAUUUUAUUCUACGAAUAAUGAUUUAUGAGGAAUCCAAGAUGAAUUUAGAGCAGGAGAGGCCAUUCGUCUGCAGUGCCCCGGGCUGCUCUCAGCGCUUCCCCACAGAGGACCAUCUGAUGAUUCAUAGACACAAGCAUGAAAUGACUUUGAAGUUCCCCUCAAUAAAAACAGACAAUAUGUUAUCAGAUCAGACUCCGACUCCAACGAGAUUCCUGAAGAACUGCGAGGAAGUGGGGCUCUUCAAUGAGCUGGACUGCUCCCUAGAACAUGAGUUCAGGAAGGCUCAGGAGGAGGAGAGCAGCAAGCGGAAUAUCUCGAUGCAUAACACAGUUGGUGGGGCCAUGGCGGGGCCCGGAGCUCACCAGCUUGGCAGCACCCGGAUGCCCAACCAUGACACCAGCGUUGUGAUUCAGCAAGCCAUGCCGUCACCCCAGUCCAGCUCUGUCAUCACACAGGCACCUUCCACCAACCGCCAGAUCGGGCCUGUCCCAGGCUCUCUAUCUUCUCUGCUACAUCUCCACAACAGACAGAGGCAGCCCAUGCCAGCCUCCAUGCCCGGGACCCUGCCCAACCCGACGAUGCCGGGUUCUUCUGCCGUCUUGAUGCCAAUGGAGAGACAGAUGUCAGUGAACUCCAACCUCCUGGGAAUGCAAGGUCCAAAUCUGAGCAACCCCUGUGCUUCUCCCCAGGUCCAGCCAAUGCAUUCAGAAGCCAAAAUGAGGUUGAAGGCCGCGUUGACUCACCACCCUGCUGCCAUGUCCAAUGGGAAUAUGAACACCAUGGGACACAUGAUGGAAAUGAUGGGCUCCCGGCAGGACCAGACGCCACACCAUCACAUGCACUCACACCCGCAUCAGCACCAGACACUGCCAGCCCACCACCCGUACCCACACCAGCACCAGCACCCAGCCCACCACCCUCACCCUCAACCCCAUCACCAGCAGAACCACCCACAUCAUCACUCCCACUCCCACCUUCACGCGCACCCUGCACAUCACCAGACCUCGCCACACCCGCCCCUGCACUCCGGCAACCAAGCACAGGUCUCACCAGCGACGCAACAGAUGCAGCCAACCCAGACAAUACAGCCGCCCCAGCCCACAGGGGGCCGCCGGCGAAGGGUGGUGGACGAGGAUCCUGACGAGAGGCGGAGGAAAUUUCUGGAACGGAACCGGGCAGCUGCCACCCGCUGCAGACAGAAGAGGAAGGUCUGGGUGAUGUCACUGGAAAAGAAAGCAGAAGAACUCACCCAGACAAACAUGCAGCUUCAGAAUGAAGUGUCCAUGUUGAAAAAUGAGGUGGCACAGCUGAAACAGUUGUUGUUAACGCAUAAAGACUGUCCAAUAACAGCCAUGCAGAAAGAAUCACAAGGAUAUCUAAGUCCAGAGAGCAGCCCUCCUGCCAGUCCUGUCCCAGCUUGCUCUCAGCAGCAGGUCAUCCAACACAAUACCAUCACCACUUCCUCCGCUGUGAGCGAGGUGGUGGGGAGCUCCACCCUCAGUCAGCUCACCACUCACAGAACAGACCUGAAUCCCAUCCUUUAAAAUCUGCUGGUGGGUCAGACCUUGCCUCCAAGAAGAGCUGUCGCAUAUCAUGCGUCCUUUCUUUUAAGGGCAUUUUUAGAAUUAACUCAGACCUGGAAGACUCCUCAGCCCUUCAGAGACUGGCUUUCAUUUUUAUAGUUAUUAUGGAAAUGUCGUCUUUUAUACUUAGUUAUAUAAGAAAAAAAGGGAGUUAUGCAAUUAAUUAAUCUAUCAGCUUGGGAAAUGCUUUGGUGCUUUUCUCCAAUUUUCUGGUACCAGUUAACUUGUUUAUAAAUUGAACUCUUUCUGUAUAUAGACACAGUUUCAUUCUUAUCAGUCCAACCCUUUGCUUGAAACAUCGAACCUUGUUAACCCGCAGCUUUUAGCCAAAAUGAGGCAUAACCUAGAUGUCAAGUAAACGGAUGCGAGGUAACUGGGUGGUGAGUCUCAUGACAUUGUAACACACGUCGAGUUUGUGCUGUGAUGUCGCCAGAAUUCCAGCUAAACACAGAGCAUUUUCCAUAAUUUUGUCUCUUCCUACAAAAAAUCAUAAGAUCCACUGAUGUCCAAAUAAAGCCACCAAGCCUCUCACCCCCCUCCACCUCCUCCCCUUGGUCCACUUCCUUGAAUUAUCCUCUGAUUUCCUCCAAUCUUCCUUUCCAUUUCCACUUUUUCCCGGGCUCCCUGUGAACUCUUUAUUUUUACUUUCUGCUGUUUUAUGUUUCCCCCUUUAGAAUUGCACGUAAAAAAGAAAAUAAUGCUUAAAGAGGAAAAAAAAGCAAAUCUCAAAAAUAUGGAUCUAGCCAUUGCUUUCCUUGCCCAUGACCCACAGCUGGAGUUCAUUCACCUCUUGCUUUUUACAAAAUAGUAAGCAAGAGAUGUUUAAUGUGCCUGAUUUAAUGUUUUUAAUAAUCAGAGCAAAUAAAAGGUGGCUUAGCCAUAGGUGAGGCACUGUUGAAUGCCAGCUGUGGAGACACCAGGGAAGGGAGCCUUCUAAGCCUCGAUUGUGAAGGUCCAGAUUAUGAUGCAGGCUAUAACAUCACACCCUCGAAUUACAACUGGUUUAUAUGGCCUGUCUAUAAGGUUGAAAAUCCAUGUGCUGUAUAAUAAUUCAGAAGGGCUCUAUUCACUACACAUAUUGCAUUGUUCAAUCAUCAGCUGCUAAUAGAUUAAGAUUUAUUAUUAUUUUUUCUCUUAAGCCUAUGGAACUGGCUCUGCUGUUCUGGUGAGUGAAAGUAGACGUACCACUGGAGGAACAAAGAGAAAGAGAAAACCUAAUGUUUCCACAGGGGUGCUUUCAGCCCUCCCAGAACAGCCAAAGCCUUUGGCUGCUGAAAGAAUCCCAUAGAUGUGGCUACUCCACUCUUCUGAAUAAUUCUAAUUUAUAUUUCCAAGAACUUUCAUUGACUUGCCUAUUACGGAAAGUAGAUAGUCCCGAACCACAGUUGUGCCUCCUUGAAACAAGCCAUUCUACUGUGUCAAUGUUUUAAUAUCACAUCUCACAAGUAACAGGGACUAAUGUUUCCCUCUAGCAGUCUAGACAGGUGCUGGUGUUUCAUCUCCAUUUGAAUGCUUGACCUAACAUGAGAGAUUGAGUGUGUGUGUGUGU